CCUGUACACGCCAAAGGUCUUCGCUGUAGACAGGAAGUGGAGUACUGACAGGUCACUUCGGCUAAAGCUGGCUUCUGCUGUCUCUUUCAAUAUCUGCACUUGAAUAAAUAUUAGCUGUCCAUCGACAUGUCGGACAGAAACCCGGGGAUGGAGCUCGACCUUGAGCGGAUAUCAAAAGUGAGGGUGAAUACACAGGCCAUCCUGAAGAGAGCUCAGCACAUCCAAGGACUGAAGACCCCCAAGAAGCAGUGGCAGGCUGCCUGGCUGCUGAAGGCUGUCACAUGUAUCGACCUGACAACUCUUGCUGGAGAUGAUACACCGUCCAAUGUCCAUCGGCUGUGUCUGAAAGCCAUCCAGCCGGUCCGUUACGACCUGCUCAAAGAGAUGGAUAUGCACAACAAAGGAGUGACAACAGCAGCAGUGUGCGUGUAUCCAUCUCGUGUGGCCGAUGCCGUCAAAACACUAAAAGCAGCCAACUCCAGCCUUCCUGUUGCUUCAGUGGCCACUGGUUUCCCAGCAGGCCAGACACCAUUGGAGACCCGCCUGCAGGAAGUCCGCUUGGCAGUGGCUGAUGGUGCCACUGAGAUCGACAUCGUUAUCAACAGGACACUUGCCCUCACAGGAAAGUGGGAAGCCAUGUAUGAUGAGAUCCGUCAGUUUCGGGAGGCCUGCGGAGACGCCCACAUGAAGACCAUCCUGGCUAUUGGAGAGCUAGGCACCUUCACCAACGUCUACAAGGCCAGCCUGGUGGCCAUGAUGGCUGGUUCGGACUUCAUCAAGACAUCCACAGGAAAAGAGUCUGUCAACGCCACUUACCCUGUUGCCAUAGUGAUGGUGAGGGCCAUCCGUGACUACUACUUGUGUACAGGCCACAAGGUGGGCUUUAAGCCAGCAGGGGGCAUCCGGACGGCUCAGGAGUCUCUGGUGUGGCUCACUCUGAUCAAAGAGGAACUGGGCAACGACUGGCUCUGCCCGCUCCUGUUCCGCCUGGGAGCCAGCAGCCUGUUGGCUGACAUCGAGAGGCAGAUCUACCAUCAUGUGACUGGACAGUAUGCAGCCUAUCAUGAGCUGCCUCUGGCCUGAAGCUGUGGACUUCCUGUUUUAAUGAUCUAUCAGAAACUCACCACAAGAGCCUUUCAGUGCUCAUCCAGGCAGCACUUACCUCUUCUAUUAGCCAUACUCAACGUUCAGUGCUUUGACUGAAGACUGGGACCAAUGAGUUUUACUGUACUUGUACUCUAAUGUGCUCAUACACACUGUGUACCUAUGAAGAAACAGGUGAAUAAACCUUGUCACAGUAUUUUGUAACAGACAUUAAAAACUGCAUAUCGUGCCCGGCA